GUUCCUUUGUCGUUUGGUGGUCUUCACACUUUUGAUUGGUUUCGUAAUAUAUCACUUCACUAUAGUUCUGUAUAUUGAUAUUGACACGAUAGUACUAAAUGCUACUUUGUUUAAGACAUGUUGCUUUGGACGGUUAGCUACUUGGAAACUACUUCACUCAGUUGGCUCUACAAACAAAUGCUCAUUAAGUAGAAGUUUUCUUCGAUCCCAUUAGUAAUAGUCCAAAUUCACUGAAAACACAAUGCACUUAAAUUACUUGGUAUCCUCGACUCAAAGGGUCUGAAUUAGUCAAGCGUACAAAACAGUAAAUAUUGAAAGCUCUCCUGAACCGAUCGAUUCAGAACUUCUUUUCAUUGUAAGCUCGACUCAUUUUCGGAAUAUUGUUUCGUUCGCAGAGUUAAAAGUAUGAGUAAAUAAGGGCUUUCCUAGAACUCAUGGAAUUUCUAUAAGUUAAGUGACUUCUUCAUACGUAGACCAUUCCCACCAAAGAUAUAUAGUGUGUAUACAGUCUGUUAUUAAAAUGCUUUCAGAUGUUUAUUCUUAUUAACCGCACUUCUUCGUAUUACUGUAAUUUAUCCCUUUUACUUCUAACGCUCAUCUGACAGUCUAGUUUCAGAGAGUUCUAGGAUCUAAGUCAAAUCGUUAACGUUUGCGGCGUCGAAAAUUGCUGAAGUUAUCUUCCACAACACAUCAGCAACUCCGGUUUUAGCGUCUGAAGCCAGACUUUGUCUUCAUAGUAUUAUAGAUUGCAGGGAUUACCAUGUUUCAUCUGGCUUCCUAUUUAUACUUUUUGAAACUGACGAGGUUUUUUGGUUCUUAUUCUUUCCUCUUAAAUGAAGUAACCAAAUUUUUGAUACACUUUUACAUAACAUUCUAACCACUUGCCACAAUAGGUCGGUAAUUAUCGGUUGUCUGUGCAACUUAAUUUUACCAAAUAUUCUGUAAGAUGGGCGUUAUUGAAAUGUGUACGGUGUCAUAUUAUUUAGGGGUAAGUCGGUUUGCUGUGGAUCUCCAUAAACACGAAGAGUAAUUCAUGUUGGCUCUCCGUAAUAGCCAAGCUUCAUCGUAGGUGGAUAUGCUAAGAUUCGGCAGGGUUCGAACGUUGAACUUUACAGCAGUUUGAUGUAAUGUGAUACAUGAUUUCGUAAACUCGGACCGUUACCAUUGGUGGCAAGUACAAUCUAUUUCGAAAUCAAAGGAAGCGAAUGGAAAAUUCGAUUGUGAACAAAACUAGAUUGUUUUACUAGAGGUAUGGGUACGGUAAACUGGUCUAUGGGUUGUGACGACCGCAAAGCGUGAUCAUAGAGCCCACAAGACGGCUGCUUGAGGCCGGUCACAGUUUCACUGAGCAGUCUGUUGUGUUAUCUUGAUAUCUUCAAAGUCCUACCGCCUCAGUGAAAAUCUGUUUCUCACGGUGAGGCUUGGUACUUUUAAGGUCGACUUUACCUGAUCUCUCGUUCUUGUUGUAAAGACAGGGUCACUAAAAAUCCCGAUUGUCUGGGAGAAGACACUGUACUGUCGUCACACCAAUACCAGUAGUGCUUCGCCCUCCGACCUGCCACUCCCCAAGCAAACAGCUUGUCAUUUUCGAACUUGAGGAAACUAAUGUUCCAGUUAGUUUAACUCUAUUACGUCAUCAUGACAGGUAAACAACUCUCCAAGGUAGCACUUACAGUCACUGACCUUAUUAUUUAGAAAAUUUUCAAUAUGAUUGUUUCCUGUUUUGUACUAUUUUCACUUCAGCUAGAAAUGUACAGGUAAUGAAUUGUUCAUAACUUGUCCAAACAAAAUUACAGUUACAUGAACAGAUUCACUUCCGUACUUGGUAUGUAGUUGUUAUUCUUUAGCAAAGAUACUACCGACUUAUAUUUUCUUAAUCGAGUUCAUCAAACUUACUGUCUCAUUUAACCGUUUCAGUAUUAUGGAGCACAGCACAGACAGUCAGGGUGAAGAAUCUAGUUAUCAAGAACCUUCGUAUUAUGAGGGUCUAGAUGGUUCUUUGCAAGAUCAUGAUGCAGACUAUCAAGCGGGUGAUAUCGAACAAAGAUCACCACUUCGUGAGCAAGACCGUUUUCUGCCAAUAGCUAAUGUUGCUAAAAUAAUGAAAAGAGCAGUACCUGGGAAUGGAAAAAUUGCUAAAGAUGCUAAAGAAUGUGUGCAAGAAUGUGUAUCAGAGUUUAUCAGUUUCAUCACUAGCGAAGCUGCUGAUAAGUGUCAAACGGAAAAGCGUAAAACUAUUAACGGUGAAGACAUUCUGUGUGCUAUGAAUACACUUGGCUUCGAUAAUUACAUUGAACCACUUAGAGCGUUUCUAGUCAAGUUUCGUGAAAUUAGCAAACUUGAGUCUUCAUUCAUUGAUGAAUCAUCUGCUCCCACCACAAUGUCUACCGUCCCCUCAGCGGUUGGUUCGGCUGUGAUCUUGAGUCCAACACUAUUAUCAACUGGCCCCAGUGGUUUAACCAACAUACCUUCACGAUCCCUGGCUGGCAGACAAUAUGCUGUAGUUAACGGUUCAAAUGAUAUACAAAACAAUAAUGUUCAUUCCGUAUCGACUCCAGAUAUCAAAGUAGCAAAUGCAGGAAUGACUACCCUAGGUACCCCUGUGUCUUCUUCUCUAGGGACUACAAUUAUUUUGCCAAUAUCAACUCCUUUGGCCUUCGUUAGUGGGCCUCAAACGUCAGUCUCGCUGGCCGACCAAUCGACGGAUUCAGUUUCUUGA